CGAGGAUAACAUGGUGGUUGUGGUUAGAUUGGCUAGGUGGCGCACGCAACUGUCUGCUAUCCGCUAUCAGCGCCGUUAUCCACUGCAAAGGCUACGAAAAGGCAGGCAUCCAUAGAUGUAAGUUCGCACGUACGAUACGGAGUAGGUAGAAAUGCGGAGAUAACAGAUGUUCCUAUCGUGAAUCACCUCUCGGAAGUCAGUCUAGCUCAGCCUUUCUGGUGUUGCCCAGCAGAGAACCGCCAAGCACACGUAGAAUGGUUUCUGUUCCCAAUCUGGUGCUCAAGGUGAUAUUUUUUCUUCACCUUUUUCUCACAGUAUGGCCCCUCAUAGAGUUCUGGUCACCAUAUGCCUAUAUGUACUACAACCUACUGUUUCUACUGAUGCUCUUGUGGGGCAUUCAUCUCAAGGAGUCCGAGGAGCCCAUUUUCAUGGCACUAGUCAUUAACUUCGGGGCCAUCCUUCUUGACAUCAUAAUUCUAGCCCUGCGGUUCCCGCCUACAUUUACAUUUUGUGCUGGCAUGUGCAUACUGAACUUAAUACUGCGCCCAGUCACCUGCAUCUACCUGCUGAGGUUAUUCAACGAGAGGGGUGGUCGGUACUCCGAUCUUGGAAUUCCUACCUUUGGAGGGGGGGCUGUCGGAGGCACUAGAGGACAGUACGACGACAUCGACCAGCCGACGACACAGAGCGUGCCCAAAACUGGAAUAGACACUGGCAGCCCCGGCCACGGUUUUGCGGGUGACCCCACCGGCGGACCUCCACCGUACGGCUACCCGCAGCCAUAAGACGCUGCGGAAAAAUAGCUCUUCUGCAACGGGAACGGGGCUGACCCCGUUGGGGCGAACUGCCCGUAGCUUUAUGUGCACGGAAUACGAGAUAAUAUAAGGGAGAAUGUUACAUUAACUUUUGGCUAAAUCUCGAUGUGUUUCUCCGAAAUGAGUCGUUAUCUUGUGACCGGUGUCAUCUGUGUCGACUUUUAUGGGGGCAAAAGAGUUUUCACCGAGUCUUCGUACCAGAAGGGUGCGUACUUUGUUUCUAUAUUCGCGACCAUACAGGUGGACACAGUGAUGCAGAACGUUGCGGAUGAAAAACUGAGAAAACUGGUUGAAGGAGGAGUCUUAAUUGGCUCCAAUCGUUGCUAGUGCUGAACCGCUUUAACGGAUACAGGUUGACUGUGAUGAUGAUGAUUUAGUCGAUAAUAUCGUAGUGCUUUCUUAAGGUACAGCAACCAUUAACAGCUAACCAUGUGCUCCGUUAGUCGAGGCAGCAAUGUGUUCACCGUGUGUCAUUAAUUACAAGUUUGUCAGUAAUGCAGAUCAGCAUAUGCCUAAUGACAUUAUUUCGAAUCAGCUACCCAAAGAUAUUUUUUCCAGCACCCCUGCAUACCCUCAUAAACCUUCUACUACCAUUUGCUUAUUUUACUGCCUUGGACAUGAAAUAACAUGUUCCUGUGCUCUAUACUGGCUUACUGCAUGCAAGCGUCAUGCAAUGGCAGUAUUUAGCUUGCAAGUCAGUGUUUCGGGUAUACACCGAUGAUUCAAUCAUGCCAGCUGUACUUAAUCAUCAUAUACUAUUUUGGGAUUUAUUCAAAGAUGUCGAACUAGCACAAAAUGCGUAAUAUAAACGUUAUGUGCUGGUAAUGUUUUUGAAAGGACUAACCUGUAGCUACAUCGGCGAAUGGUUAUGCCUACACUAACGUGUGAAUGUGACCACAUUUAGUAAGAUGCUAAAAUACUGCAUGAGAAGAGAUUCACCAGCAACACUCUGUGCUGUUGCUCGAUCACCAACUUGUUGGACAGGUUGUCAUUUGGGGCUUUGCAAGGUUCAUGCACCAAUAUAUAUAUUUUGAUGACCAUGAAGCGAUGAGGAAAAUGAUCAACAAACUGAUGAGAACAAUGGAAACAUGUUUGACAUCCAUGAAAUUUGCUUAUUUGACAGUAUAAACUUGCCACAAUGACAUGCGCAAAGGUCUUAUCACCUGGGCUUUCGUUUUAGUUCAUGAUAUGCAACAGUGUUCAUGUUUCAGCAUGCUUGUUUCAUGGUGCAUCAUGGCUGCUUUGCUGCACUGAGCUCUUACUUUGUAACACAGGAUAUUAACCUACACAGCCUUCCUUUUUCCUUCGAUGUAAUCUCAACCUGCACACGUUCACGUCAACUACAUCACCUGUACUUUUUAUUUACUGUUCGUACCUCAACAUUCCUUGAUAUGUGUACCUGGAGUGUGAUCACCUCUGCCUCCCAUCCCCUAUCUCUGUUGCUGCAGAUACGAUCCACAGUACUUCUUGCAGCUACAUAUAACUGUGAUUUGUGUAGUGUGUGACAAGAGAGAAAAAAAAAGAUGGGCAUUUUUUUCUUAGUUUUGAAGAAAUAUUUUAUUCACAUUGUCGAAUUUUUCACAAAAUAUAUUUCGGUACGCUACCCACCUGCCCUGUGUGCAUAGUGUGCAAUAAAUUGUGCUAUACAUA